AUCGUCUCUGGUUUAGGCCGCGGCCGCGCGAUCACCCUUCGGAGGUGCUACAAUAACCCGCAAUAUACCAUUUAGUGUCCUGUCAACCCGCUGGCCGCACCCGCAUUCCAUAUCCAUCCUUUCCUCGCUUUCUUCGUUCGUUCGUCUGCCUCACUCGCUCAGACUGCGCACGCCCGUCGAUGUUCCAUCUCCACCGCGCAUCGUAAGAUAACCUCGCGACCCCCCGCGUGAAUCAGUGGGACCCUGUCUUCGAUCAAUUGCCCUCCACCAUGACGACCCCCGUGGACGAAAAGAGCGAGCCGUACUACGAGCCUCCCCACGUCUCCGACAGGUACGACGAGGAUGACGAUACCUACGUCGGCCAUGAUUCCACCAGGCAAAACUCCGACGACCACAACAACGUCGACACCACCGACCAUGCACUCCCCCACCACCGCGACCAGAGCCAUCUUUCCGUCAGGACGGAAAUGGAAAGAGACCCAUCCCAGCACUCGAUGUACAACGUAGUCUCCGCCUCGGCAUCAGCAUCCCGCGAGCAGGCCAGUCGCUUAGAGGACGACUUGCAGAUGCUGCAGAUCGAGAGGCAAAUCUCUCUGCGCGAGUACGAAAGGGAGCAUUCGACCACUCGUUCCUUACACCGAUCCCGGUCGCGCCGCGAGGAACCCGUGGAUGAGUUUGACGUUGCCACGAAUCCCUUGCACGAACAGGCCAAUGUCUAUCGGCCGCCGGAAACGCCAUCGACUAACCUUGCCAAGUUGAUCAUCAAGAUUCACAGUUCUAGUUGGCUUGUGCGCUGGAGCACGUACAUCACUCCUGUUGUUUUGAUCAUCUUGAUCCCUCUGCUGCUCGGUGCCCUCAAGUUCAAGGAUGCAAACGUGGGUGGUGUUGAACUUGUCUGGUUCUGUAUCUGGCUGGAAAUUGCUUGGCUCACUCUCUGGGCUGGCAGGCUUCUCGCUAAAUGUCUGCCUUGGCCUAUUGGGCUACUGUCCAGCUUGGUCACUAACAAUGGCAAAAAAUGGCGUGAUAUGGGCAAGCAACUAGAGCUCCCUGCUACUCUAUUUUUCUGGUGGCUGGCAAUCAUCAUCUCCUUCUAUCCGACUAUGAAAAACCACCACAUCGAUGGUAACAAGAAUAUCAAAGGUUGGGAGAAGUCCAUGUACAAGGUUCUGACGUCCAUCUUCGUCGGCUGCACUCUCAACUUCGCGGAGAAGAUCAUUAUUCAACUCAUUGCCAUCAGCUUCCACUUGCGUACAUAUGCGGACCGUAUCGAGCUUAACAAGUUCCAGAUUGGGAGCUUGAUUAAGCUGUACACUUUCUCCAAAACGAAGAUUACUGCCGAAGAUUCCGAGUUCGAAAUUAAAGAAUCCAACAUGCUGUCCGGCACCCGCACUCCCGGCCAGUUCAUUGUAGAUGCCGGGCAGCUUGUGAAGGAUGCCCAAAAGAAUACCAAAGAGGCUUUCAACAAAUUCGGAGACGUGGCCGGCAAGAUUGCUGCUGAUUUCGCCGGUCGCCAGGCGCAGAAGAGUAACCACCCCAACCAGGUUGUUGUGGCUCUCCUGGGUUCGACGUCUGGUAGUCAGGUCCUUGCUCGCCGUUUGUAUCGCACAUUCGGUAGCAAUGAAUCCGAAACUGUCCACCCUGAUGACUUGAAGGCCGCUUUCGACAACCAGGACGAAGCAGAUGCGGCGUUCUCAAUGUUCGACAAGGACAUGAACGGCGAUAUUUCCAUGGAAGAGCUUGAGGCAGUUUGCGUCGAGAUUGGCCGUGAGCGUAAGGCUAUCACUGCUUCGCUAAAGGAUCUUGACUCUGUCAUCAGCAAACUUGAUGAUGUCUUGAUGUUCCUGGUCUUUGUUAUCACUGUCCUCGUCUUUCUCUCGCUUAUUUCUACAUCCGCUGCGGGCGUGUUGACGUCUGCUGGCUCCACCGUCCUCGCUCUUUCGUGGCUCUUCUCCGCCACCGCACAGGAGUUCCUGCAGUCCAUUGUCUUCGUAUUCGUCAAGCACCCGUUCGACGUUGGCGACCGUGUCACCAUUUACGGUAACACUGGUGCGUCCGGUACAGGUGACGAUUACUUCGUCAAGGAGAUUGCACUCCUUUACACUGAGUUCAAGAAGAUGGAAGGCCACUUGGUUCAAGCUCCCAACAGCUACCUGAACGGAUUGUUCAUCCUCAACCAAAGACGUUCUGGCGGUCUGGCCGAGGCUGUGCCCAUCUGCAUUAAGUUUGGUACUACUCUUGAUCAGAUCGAGUCUCUCCGCACGAGGCUGCUCGAGUUUGUCCGCACGGAGAACCGCGAAUACCAAGGCAACAUCCUUACCGAGCUUCGUGAGGUCAAGGAGGCUCACUCUCUCACUCUCAACGUCGUCUUCUUCUACAAGUCGAACUGGCAGAACGAACUGCUCCGUCUGCAGCGCCGCAACAAGUUUAUCUGCGCUCUUAUGGUCACCAUGCAAGAGUGCGGUAUUGAAGGUCCUCGCAUGCGCUUCCCUGGCCAAAAGGAGUCCUUCCCCGUCUAUCUGCAGAACGUUCCUCACGUUGCUACUCCGGGUAUGGGUCAUGGUGGAAACCCGGACAACCCGGUGGGCCUCAUGCCUGAGAAGCGUGACAACCCUCAAGAUCCUCCAUUCGUCGACUCUCCUUCCUUCGACUCACACUCGCACGGUCACCAGCAAGGCCGUAUGCACUCCAUCCUGCGUACCAGUAGUACGCGGCCUCGUGGCGAGUCCCUUGCGCAAAUGGGUCGCCGUGUCGACUUCUCUCUCGGUAUGAAGGACAUUGCAUCAACCGACAUGACGGGUGACGUAUUCGAAGAGCGCACGCGGCCCCGCAUUCCCAUCAACGUCACUAGUCCAUCGGCGUCGCGGCCGCGCGUCUCGAUCGACUCGCACGGCACGGGCCACUCGACGGGUCGCGACUCGAACGACCUGCACCGGGUGCCCACGGACAGCUCGGGGGGCCAAAGCCGCGUCUCGCACCGCAACCGCUUCUUCUCCCGGCAUAAGAUGCGGGAUGAGGCCGAACGUAUGGAGUCGGGCAUGUCGGACAUGGCCAGCAUCAGGGAGGAGUCGCAGUCGAAUGACCGCAUCGAUCCUCGCAGCGGCCACGUGAGUCCCGCCGCCUGGCGCCUGACCAGCGAAGAGAACAUGGCUCCCCACUCCAGAUCGCCCUCGAGGCCGCCCAUGGGCCCGCCCAGGCGGAGCCGGACAGACAUCCAUUAAGAUGGACAACUGCGGCCUGGGCAGCCCUCUUGUCUUUGUUCCAACAGAUUUGACUUCUGCCUAACCAGUUUAGCGGGCGAUGUAGGUAUAGAAAAGUCGCAUACGUGAGGCGCUUAAUCGGCCUCCUCACUUCAUUUCUUAUUCUUUUUCUCAGUUUAUAGAAGGCUCGGAGAGACAAAAACACCACCAACUGGAUGUGUUGAUAGAAGGCUUGGCGUUAUUACUUCUUGUUUUCCUUUUCUUGUUUUAUUCUCGCAGCAUGCAUAGCCUGCCUGUCUGAGCGAUCGAGUGGUCAAGAGGCCUUGACGGCUAUCGGUGU